AUGUCUUGGAAGAGCAAAGCCAGAAGGACUGCAAAAGCUUGCGACCAAUGUCAGCGUCGAAAGGCCAAGUGCAAUGGAGAAACGCCCUGUUGUACGUGUGACGCCGUAGGGCUUGAAUGCUCCUACGGCGUGUCUGUCAAGCAGCUUCGCGGCCCUGCGUAUGUUGCGCACUUGGAGAACAAAAUUGGCGAGCUAGAGGCCAAGUUGCAAGCUUCGCAAAGCUCUUCUGCAGACUCGCCGAAUCCACCAUGUGACAAGGGCUUCGCUGCGAAUCGGAUCAUCACUCCACCGGAGACGUCGUGCUCGGCGCCAGAUUCCAAUCCUGUGGAGUGUGAGAAUGAUGAUCAGGUCUUUGAGCCCGCUGCCAGCUUGAGUCUUGAUGAUGAAUUGGUUGAGAAUACAACAUUCAUUCCGCCGGAUAUGAGCGACCUGCCACCGCCGCCAGAAGACUCGUUCCCGACCUGGGCUGACGAGCAGAUUCCGAUCAUUGAGCCAAUGUUGACACAUGAAAUGACCAUCCCAUUGGGCAUGCACGAUAGCCAAACAUACUCAGCACUCCAGGACUUUGACCACUCGAUCAUGGAUGACUGGACUGCAUUCGACCGACUGCCGCUCACGAAUCGUGUCAAACGCAAGCAAGACCCUGAGCUCGAACAAUUCAUUGUUCAGACGAGCGAUGUGAUGGAACAACCGGAUGUCGUGAGCGACCAUUCAAGCAGCAACGUCAGCAAGAGAAUGUCGAACAAGGACAGGGCGGAGUUGCGCGAUCGAAACCGCGUUGCAGCAGCCAAAUGCCGGUCCAGGAACAAGCUGGCACACAAGAAACUGGAGACGGACGCCAGGACGCUGCAGGCGGAGAACACGCGUCUUAAUCGAUUGCUGCUGGCCUUGCGAACGCAGCGGACCCAUUUGCAGGAGCUGGCGCUGCAGCAUGAUGUUGAGCCGUCGAGGCAGUGUCGUUGCGUGGGGAUACAUCAGUACAAUAAGGCGCGCACAAGUCCACUUCCCCAGGCAAGCGGCAUCAGAAAUGAUGACGCAUUCCCGCUGCGAUGCCAGCGUGCUGCGGGACUGAAGAAACUCAACUGUGUCGAGGCGCGUGGCGUCGAGAUGAGGCAGCACCUUCCUCUGGCGUUCGGCGGCAUCUGA